AGCGCCUGGAGCUGACUCUGCAGGACUGUCCUUCUUCAGUCCUUUCUCGAGAUGCUGGUCGCUGGAUGCCUGCUCGUGUCUGCCCUGGCCUUGGGGACACCGUUAUCCCUGCACCAGACUCCACCGGUCCUGUUUGCUGAAGUCGGCGGCACUGCAGAGAUCCACUGCUCUCCUGGAGAACCAGUGGAGGGAGGGAAAGGCAAAUAUUACUGGUACCUGAGAAGGGAAGGGAAGGCACCCACCUGUGUCAGGAAAUGCCAGGAAGACAAGAACAAAAGCAGGUUUGCCUGCAAGCUUGACAGACACGGCCUGACCCUGGAAAUCUCCAGCAUCCAGCACAACGACUCUGGUGUUUACUACUGUGCCAUUAGGUGGGGCUUUUACCUGACUUUCGGCAAAGGAUCCAGGCUGAUAGUUGGAGACAGUUACACCCCCAGUGCCUCCGUGCUGCUUCUCGCUGCGUCUCCCCAGGGGACCGAUCUCUCGGGGAUGGCUGAUCUGGCCUGUCUGGUCCGUGGUGUCUCCAACCCAGUGCACAUUGCCUGGACUAUUUCUGAGGCUUCUCAGGAACAGCAGCUGACCCGGUCAGUGAAGGGAAAGGACGGAGCCUUAAUGCUCAUUAAUCACAUCAGCAUCCCCGUGGCCACCUGGGCCAGCGCUGCGGCUGUCACCUGUGAGGUCCGGUUCAACUCCUCCGGCAGCAGUGUUCAGAGAAGCGCCUGGUUCAGGAAACGCUCCAUUCACAAGUGCAUCCCUGCCAUCGGUGCCCUGGCUGCAUUGGGAGCUCUUACUCUGCUGGUGAUACCUGUGAGCUGGCUCUGCCUUCGCCGCUCAGGAUGUCGAGGUUUUCGGCCCCAGAGCUCGGCCCCUCCAGGCCCCACGGAGACGCAGGACGGCAUCCUCUAUGCCCAGCUGGACCUCGAUUCAGGAAGACGUGGCCACCGCAAGCAGUAGCAGCCGGCAAAAAAGACAGCGAGUGGGUGGAUCACAAAUGGCUUAGUACGGUGGGAUCUGAGUGCGGAUGUUUGCUCAUGUUUUGAAUGGGAUUGAGCAGCCUGGGAGGUUUGCAGGACUGAGCUGCAAUUGGGUUCUGCACCGAGGCUGUGACAUGCAUAGAAAACCCGGUUUAGUUCAAUAACUCCCCCUGGAGAUGCUACUUUAUUGUCCUGUAAUGAGCUGGGUGUGAGGCUGGCUAAUUGGAUGGUGUUUAUAGCAUUUCCAACCCCAGCCAGAUGCACAAAUGCUUUUUCAACUUGAGGAACAUGAACCCCUCUCACAGCACUGUCAUUGCUGUGGCUAAUUGUAUUUAAAUGGGAGAAGAAAUGACAGCAUGUGCCCAGCUGCUCUCAAUUGUCCUAACUCCAUCUACAUCAGCCAGGAUUUGGCCCUGAGUCUGAAAAUACCUUCAGUCACCAUCAUGUUGUAUCUCUAAGCCUCCUCAUGGCCUUUCCAUGUCGUGACGCGUUACAUAUUGUAUGUGCACAUUAAACUGUUACCUAGACCUGC